AUGAUGUUACACCCUAUUCUCGAUAUUGAUAACUUCAAUGUUGUAUUGGCGGUUAUAAGCACAUACAUCCUCUUAUUCGGAUUCAUAUCGCUGAAAAUCAAACAAAGAUGGUACUUGGGUGAAGCUUUGCCUGCUUUCCUGACCGGCGUCGCUUUUGGACCGGCUGCUGCGAGGUUUCUCAAGAUUUCCCAAUGGACCCGUGACGAUAGCGAUGGAGACCACGAUGUCACCUACGACUUGGCUCGCCUGGUCAUUGGCAUCCAAUUAGUCAAAGUUGGAUAUCAAUUGCCGAAGAAAUAUCUGAAGGAACGGUUCAAGGAAAUGACCAUCUGCUUACUUCCACUCACUGCCAUCGGUUGGCUUGCGACAUCUGGAUGCAUCAUGCUCAUGAUUCCACCAUGCACCGAUCCGAUCCUAUCUCAAGCAAUUGCAAAGGGCCCUUUUGCCGACAACUAUGUUCGUCGUCCUCUCCGUGAAUUCAUCUCGUCCGAGGCAGGGGGUAACGACGGAUUUGGCUUUCCCUUCCUACUACUGGCUGUGGCACUUUUGCGGUACGCCGAGGCACCUGAGAACACGGUCAGUCUGGAAGAGUUUGAUUUGGCAAGGGGGAUCCCGGACUCGCUGGGCACGGCUGAUAUCGGACGUUUCGGCGGUGGAGUUACCCGCGCUAUGAGGCACUGGGCUAUCGAAGGUGUGCUCUAUAUGAUGGUAUUGGGCUCGGGAUAUGGUGCUCUCAUAGGCUUCGUCAGCCGCAAACUUCUCAAUAUCGCUUCUAAGAGGAGAUGGAUCGAUAACGAAUGUUUCUCCCUCAUGCCUGUGGCUGUCGGGUUAUUCAUUGUCGGCACGUGCGGUUGCUUCGGUUCCGAUGAGACGUUGGCUUGUUUCGUCGCCGGGAACGCAUUGAACUGGGACGGUCUGUAUCACGCGGAGUCGCAAGCCCGGCAUGAUGCCUUCAACUCGACACUGGAAACGCUGUUGAAUUUCGGGACAUUCAUGUACCUCGGCGCGGUUAUGCCAUGGGAUCAGUUUCAUAUGCCGGACACGACGGGUAUCACAGUCUGGCGGCUGAUCGCAUUGGGAUUCCUGAUUCUGGUUUUUCGUCGUAUGCCGGCGAUUCUGCUUGGGUACCGUUUCAUGCCAAAGGUGUGCAGUAACUGGAAGGAAGCCUUGUUCAUGGGAUACUUUGGACCGAUUGGUGUGGGGGCGAUUGCAUAUGCAGAAUACACCCGUCGAUUAUUCCCAGCCCCUGGGAAGAGUGACCGAGAAAUCAACAAUUUGACUGCUGCCAUCACUCCAGUUGUAUACUGGCUGGUUCUUUUUUCCAUCAUCAUCCACGGCCUGUCCGUCCCCGCGCUCAACGCUUUAUACAAGAUAUUCAAGGUCCCCUGUAUCUGCGAUCAUCCGGUGGAAGUCGCCCUUCUUUCGGAGAAUGAGCCCCUCCCGAAUAACAGUACGGUUGAUCGGGGGCGACACUCGAUGAUCGUGAACAACCGCUUUUCCCGAUCGCCGGACGACGAGGAAGCGCAAACGAGACGAUCCUCUCGCGACGAUACAGAGGCGAUACUGAGACAGAGUGAAGAAAGUCGCUCUGGUGGAAGCGCCGAUCGACCCUGCACGCAAGAGUCCAUGCAAAAAGUCGACCGAGCGGUUGAUACGACGGAAAUGGUUUGA